AUGGCAUGUUGUGCUAUUAGUGGAAGUAUACAGGCACAGUACAAUUCGAAAGUAAUAUUACUGCCUUUUAACUUCCAAUGUCUCAAUAAUUCUGACAGCUUUUGUGUUAUGCUGUGGUGGCCAUUACAGCAGGCAUUGAAUGUGACCGGCAACGGACAGGCGUACAGAUGGGACAUGAAGAAGCUCAUUAGCUGGAUUAAAGAGAACCUCUUGCAGGAAAGACCUGAACUCUUUGUACAAGGAGAUAGUGUGCGACCUGGUAUUUUAGUAUUAAUUAAUGAAUCAGAUUGGGAAUUACUGGGAGAGUUGGAGUAUCACUUGGAAGAAAAUGAUUGCAUACUAUUUAUUUCAACUCUACAUGGCGGCUGA